CAUUUGCUUUCGAGGCAAGAAAUUGCAGUCUGCACUGAGCGGGUGCUGGGUAAAGUCUCCUCCGUCCCGCGGUAGGCUGUGAGCGUACGAUAGCACUGCCCUGAGGCGAAAAAAGAAAAAGAAGAAAACAGGAGCACUGCAAAUUCAAAUUCUUCUUUUCGUUACCAGCAUUGGCAUUAGUGUUAUAGCCAUGUUUAUUCAGAAGGCUUGGAGGACUGUGGCUUUCGGCGUCUAUGGCUUAAUGCAUUUCACAAAAUCUGGUUUCCAGGAGCAUUCAAAGAGAUUCAAAACAGAAGAUAUGCAAAGACGAGUGGAAGGAAAAAAUUGCAUAGUUACUGGAGCCAAUUCCGGCAUCGGCUACGCGACUGCUGAGGGUCUUGCUUCACGUGGUGCAACGGUCUACAUGGUUUGCCGUAAUAAAGAGAGGGGAGAAGCUGCUCUCUCUAGAAUUCAGUCAACGACUGGUAACCAAAAUGUGUAUUUGGAGGUAUGUGAUCUUUCCUCAGUCAGUGACAUCAAGUCAUUCACAUCAAGAUUUUCUUCGAAGGAUCAACCACUACACAUCUUGGUUAACAAUGCUGGAUUGCUCGAGCACAACCGCGUGACGACUUCUGAGGGAUUGGAAUUGAACUUUGCUGUCAAUGUUGUGGGAACCUUUGCUAUGACAGAAUUGUUGUUGCCAUUGUUGGAUAAAGCAGCACCAGAUGCGCGAGUUAUCACAGUUUCUUCAGGUGGAAUGUAUACGACCCCCUUGACUAAAGAUUUGCAGUUUAGUGAAAACAACUUCGAUGGGACAUUGCAAUAUGCUCGUAACAAAAGAGUUCAGGUGGCAUUAACUGAAAAAUGGGCAGAAAUGUAUGGUGACAAAGGGAUCGGAUUCUAUUCAAUGCAUCCAGGCUGGGCUGAAACCCCGGGAGUGGCUAAAAGUUUGCCCAAUCUUGACAAAAACUUAUCAGGAAAGCUUAGAACAAGUGAGGAGGGAGCAGAUACAGUUGUUUGGUUGGCUUUACAGCCCAAGGAAGAAUUGGCGUCGGGUGCAUUUUAUUUCGAUCGAGCCGAAGCAUCCAAACACUUGCCGUUUGCAGGAACAUCAGGCUCCCAUGCUGUCAUUGAUUCCAUUUAUGACAGUCUCCGCUCUCUGUGCAGCCCCCCUUCAUAAACACAGAUUCAGUGAUUUAAAUAUUGAUGAUAUCGGCCAGCCAAUGUCAUUAAUAUCGAAAUUUGUCUAAUAUGAAUAUAUAUAUAUAUAUAUAUAUAUAUAUGGGGAGUUAUUAAAUUCCCCUAUUUUGCACAAAAUAUUGCAACAUUGCCGAUAUAUUGUGAUAUAUUUGUACACUGACAUUUUGCCCUCUCCCAACAAAAAAAAAAAAAAAAAAAAAACCUUCAUUAAAUUCCUCCGUAUUGUCCAUACAUGCUAUACAUUCCCCUAAUGGAAAUUUGAACAAUUUUGCAGAAAAUCGACAAAAAUCCAUUUUCUCCCAAAUUUGUUUGGGGAACUCUGUUUUCAUGUAUGUAUUGUAUGAUUCGUGAACUAGAUGAAGUUAUUGGAUAUAAUUGCAUCACUUCUGGCAGACAAGACAAUGCAUUAUUUAGAACACUAUACAAAGGAAACUUGUUGUAUACUUGUUUUUUAUGAUCUUUUGAGUUCCAAAUCUUGGAGUUGUGUGUGCCCUUAUAAGCCAAUUUGACCUAUUUGAUUGUUUUGAUGAUUAGAACUUGGUUAUUAGGGACCUCUUUUGGUGAAUGAAAAGGGUUAUUAGUAACCAAAUUUAUUAUAUGCCUUAUUGUUGAUUGUAAAUGGAAACUUGGACAAAUUAAUGGGUUAUAAGGAUUUUUUUUUU